GUGCAUUUCUCUUGACAAUUGUGAGUAUUGCUUUUCCUUGCCACCAUUUGGUCAGUUGCCCUCUUUGAAAGACCUUGAAAUUUCAAGGAUGCAAAGAAUAACAAAGGUAGGCCAUGAAUUCUAUGGAGACAGUUCUUUAAGCAAACCAUUUCAAUCUCUAGAGACUCUUAGAUUUGAAGCAAUGUUGGAGUGGGUGGACUGGUAUAUAUUAGAAUCUGCAGAGUUCUCUAAGCUUAAAGUGCUUCAGGUAAUCAAUUGUCCAAAGCUGAUUGGAGGCUUACCCAAACACAUUCCAUCUUGUGUGAGCCUUGAGAUUCAGGAAUGCUCAAGACUUACAAGUGAAUUAGUAUUGAAAGGAUGUGAUGGGGUAGAAUUGGGGUGUCGAGGUUUGUCUUCCCUUACAAAAUUGGAGAUUUCAAGUAUGCCUAAUUUAAAGGAAUUGACACCCGAGCUGUGCACUUUAACAAAUCUGAAGGAGUUCACGCUAUUUAAUUGUCCAAGCCUAUUGUCAUUCCCAGAUACAGGGUUGCCGCCCAGGCUUACAAGCCUUUCAAUCAGGUAUUGUGAAGUUCUAGUGUUCCCCAGAUCCGAGGAUAUGGAGAACUGCUACAGAUCCCUUGAAACUUUGUACUUGUAUCGCUGUGAUGCUCUCAAACCCAUGUUGCUUGGAUUCUUUCCAAAGCUUCGAUCUCUAGAAAUCGAGAGUUGUAGAAAUUUCGAGAGUAUUACAGAUCUAAACAUGCUUGGGCUCCAAAAUUUGACAUCUCUCGAGUCACUUUUGUUUGGUGGGUUCUCUAAUCUGAUUUCUUUUCCCCGAGGAGGACUACCCGGACGCAAUCUGACUCACUUUAGGAUCUUGCAAUGUGAGAAGCUCAAGUCGCUGCCUGAAGGAAUGCAUACCCUCUUCCCAUCUCUUCAAUCACUAGAAUUAGAUGGUUGUCCAGAAAUUGAGUCUUUUCCGGAAGGUGGGCUUCCCUCCAGCUUACAUUCACUUGAAAUCCAAAAUUGCAGCAAACUCACAGCUGGCCGAAGAGAAUGGGAUUUGCAAAGGCUCCCUUCUCUUAGACACUUCAGAUUAGCAGGUGACUAUUGGGGGCAGUCCUUUCCAGAAAAUCGGGUGGAGUCCUUUCCGGAGGAGGGGUUGUUGCCCUCGACUCUUAUGUCACUCGACAUUGAACAUCUACCAAAUCUGAAAUCGUUGAACAACAGGGGCCUUCAACUCCUUGGCUCUCUCAAAUACAUGAAGAUUCUGAAUUGCCCUAAGCUCCAGUCCUUGGUCGAAGAGGGGCUUCCCACCUCUCUCUUUAUGCUGGAAUUCUUUGGCUGUCCAAUGCUAAAACCUCAUUACCUCAAGGGGAAAGGACAGGACUGGCAUAAGAUUGCUUGUGUCCCUGUUGUACACAUGGAUGGUGAAGUGAUCUUUGAGCAACUCACUCUUCGUCCAGCAAUGGAUUCUCUACCUAUGUUAAAUUAUCAGCUUUAUACACUGAUGUGGCGACCAGAGAUCAUUCGGGAAUGUGUAAGAUGUUGAUGAUCUUUUACCAUGAUGUUGAAGUAAAUGUGUAACCCUCUCAGCUUCAACUUUCAACUUUUACAGGGACCUGCCUUUUCAGACAUAUCAAAAGUAGUGCAAUCUGAACAUGUUUCUGCAAUAUGUUCAUUAGUUGCAUCGAUUCAGAGGUCCAUAGGCCUCUGGCGACUUCAAGAGAUUCAUCCUCAAUUGGGUCAGUCACUACACAGUUUUUAGCUGCAUUUUCAACAGCAUCUGGAAAGACAUCAGUGCAGUUCUCUGAGUCGGAGGAGUCUGAUCCAGAUUUGCUUACAGUGGGGCUGCUGGAGUGCAAGUCAAGAGAUAAGAAACCCAUCCAUUAGAAUCAUUUUUCCCACAAUUGAAAGAGUGAAAAAUGCAAGUUGUGGAAUCUUAGCUUCAAAAUACCUUGCGUGUUUCUCGCAGAAAACAUGGCAAAGGUUAAGAAACGUAGGCAUGAUUCAUGACACGAUUCCUUAUCCCAACAAUGGAGUUAAUCAUCCCGUGCAUGUCAAGAAAACAUGGCAAAGGUUAAGAAAUGUAGGCAUGCCUCAUGAUGCGAUUCCCUAUCCCAACGAUAGAGUUAAUCAUCCCGUGCAUGUCAAGGUAGCCGGAAGAUGCUUCCAGUCUAAGAAAGAUGCUUCAUCCUUUGGAUAGGUGUAUUGUUGAUCCCACAACUUCAGUGCCGCUGCUUGGGGACGCCCAAUUUCUAAUUCACUCAGGACAAAGGCAGUUGGAGCUGUGAAGACAAAUUCUGUAUUCGGCUCAAGACUUCACGUCUGUAACUACCAGCUUGGUAUUGUUUUCAUUGUUCCACCAUCAGAUGCAAACAGUAGUCCCAACCAUAAGAGUCCGAGUUUGGAUGAUAUUAUAUUGCCAUUUGUCGUGCCUGCCCCGAAAUAUAGACCUAGUGGCACACUAGCAACAAAAAAAGCUAUGAGAGAAGCAUUGGCUGAACGCGAGAAAGAGAUAUCUAUGGAAGCAGUUGCAUUCGAAGAAUUAAUGGAAGAAGUAGAAGAGAUUGCAGAUGAAGAAGAGGAAGUGUUAGAAGUGUUGGAAGCAAUUGAUUAUGUUGCAAAGCAAGCGGAAAGAUGAGAAAGCUUAUGCUGAUAUAUUAUGGAGCCAAAGUUGAUUCAUCUGAGCUUCUGAUUAAAUUGCUUAUUGAAAGGAAAGUAAUAAAUGGCUUGAAAUGUUCAUGUAUGUACUUCCUCCAGAGCUGUCAUAGAGAAAUAUAAAAUCCGAAGAGAAUGUUGUAUUCUCUAGUUGUACAUUAGAUUGAAGGGGAUUGAUGUAUACACUUGGUUUUAGGAUUGUAGCAUUUUAAGAUGUGAUGCUUUGGUGGUUCGAAGGGUUGCUGUGCCAAAGGACUAUUCUUUUCAUUAGUUUCUGAUUGUAUUGGGGGUUGAGUAGGCCUUUAGAAUUCCAUUGUUUAUAUAUACUAGUGGCAUGAACAAAAAUAAAGGAUGAAUGAGAUUGCAAGAAAGUGUCGAUCUGUCUUCAUUUUCAAGCUUGCCUUCAA